AUGACGAAAGACGAGAGCAAGGCUGAAGCGGCCACGGCCGAAGACGACGAGCCGGACGAGUGGGAACAACGCAUCUUCAGUACAGGCUGUGCAGACGAGAAUGCCAAACUCACCGACUGCUACUACGAGAAGAAGGACUGGCGUGCAUGCAAAGACGAGAUGGAAAAGUUCCGGGCAUGUUGGAAGGCACACAACAACGACGAGCGCACAAGCACAAAGGACGUGGAACCGGAAAAGUGA